AUGCUGGUGGUGAGCCUGGCGCUGCCCUGGGCCCAGGUGGCAGCUUCCUGCUUCCCAGAGGGCACGGUGGUGGGAACUGAGCCAGACAGCUCAGCCAGGCUCGCGCGACGGCGGCUGGCCCCCAAGAUCCCCCUAGAGCGUUGGGAGAAGCGCUUGUGCCGGCUGCAGGCGCCCCUGCCCCCCAUCCCGAGACCAGCAGACGACGGAGACGUCCUGGCCGGGUCAUCCCAGGUGGGGGUGACGCACCUGGAGGAGGCGUCCGCAGAGAGUUGGGUAGAACCACGACAACGGGAGGAGAGGGGAAGCAUCGCGAAUUAUCGCAGGCAGACUCGUGGAUCUGCACACGUAUAA